CUGUUAUUGUCGAUAACCAACGACGUUGCUGCGUCACGAAACAAUGACAACACGACUGAUCGGAAAACGAUUUGUGCACAAAGAGCUGAUACACUUAAACUAUUGUAUGGACACGAUGGCCAACCUGGUGUGCCAGGAGCAAAGGGUGAGCCAGGCCCAAAAGGCUAUGCUGGAAUUGUAUUCUUUAAGGGUCCCCGCGGACCUCCUGGAGGAAGAGGUACACCGGGAUAGAAUGGUAUGCAGGGAAUGAAAGGAGAUCCUGGUGAACCGGGAGUGCCAGGUGUUAACGGUAGGGACGGUUUGACUGGUGAAAUGGGUGACUGGGGUUUCUCUGGUCCACCUGGAAAUAAGGGUCAAAAAGGAAGUAAAGGAAAGGCCGGCGCUAAGAUGGAACAGGAAAUGGAGGUAUACACACUUAAUGGCUACUUCGUGUCCCAGAGUGGUUACUACAACAAUCGCUAUCACGUUACAUCACGUGUUCUAACUGACGGAAGAUCAGACACCGGUGGUUGGGGCAGCGAGUCAGAAAAUGCUGGCAACUAUAUUCAAGCAACUUAUAUUCGCCCUGUUUACGUCACGUCAUUAACAGUAGCUGGAGGUUUCAUAUCAUCUUGGGGUCAUGAUGUGAAGCCAGAAUACGCGGACCUGGACUUCGAAUAUUCUUUCGAUGGCAAAAGUUGGUUAAAGGCACGAACUGUUCCUGCACCUGUGCAAAAUGCUGAGAUGAUAUUUUACGACUUGCCUCAGCCAGUCACUGCCAAGUAUUGGCGUCUCAGAUCAACUGAAAACAAAUGGGCUGGAACAACUGAAUUUUCUUUGAAACCUUUGAUUAGACAAUAAGUCUAAGUCGCCUUUACGAAAUUAUAACACAAUCAGCA